AUGCGCAUCCGCGUUGCGGCCGUCCUCCUGGGCGUAGCCCACUGGGUAUUCGCCCUGCCCGUUUUGAACGUAUCAAGUGAUCAGGGCCUGCCGGAUGGGAUGCCUUAUCCAGGACCCAGUGAGCUAGAGAUGAUUGAAGAAAAAGCGCAUGGAACUUUGCCGAACGGACCGCCUCCUCCUGCCCUGAGCGAAGCAGGAAUCACCAACCUCAAGCUGAUCGCAUUCAAUGAAUUGUUCGAAGUUGCAUUCUUCCACCAAUUGAUCACAAACAUCACUGAAAAGGUUCCGGGAUAUCGCUUUUCAGAGGAACGUGAUUAUGACUUUGUUUUAAAUGGUUUGAAGGUGAUUCUGGCUCAAGAGGAGCUCCAUGCCCUGGACGCGAACAAUGCCCUGUCCCAUUUUGCUAUUGAUCCUAUCGAACCUUGCCACUAUACCUUCCCCGUUGACAACUUUGAUGCAGCCAUCGUACUCGCUAGCACCUUCACAGAUGUGGUUUUGGGAACCCUACAGGAUGUUGUAGAGAGAUUUGCUAUCAGUGGUGACUUUGGGCUUUCUCGCGAGGUUGCGUCUAUUAUUGGUCAGGAGGGAGAACAGCAGGGCUGGUUCCGCGUCAUGCAGGGCAAGGUUCCCAGUGAACUUCCCUUCUUGACAACCAGUGAUCUCAACUUUGCCUUCACUGCCAUUCAGAGCUUUGUUGUGCCUGGCACUUGCCCUAACAUUGACACGAUUCCACUUCAAACGUUCGAACCUCUCACCUUCGUUAAUGUUCCGACUGCGAAAACCAAAACCAUCAAGGUUUCCUUUACUGAUCACCACCAUACGAAUGAGACCAUAUUAUGGAUUACCUAUAUCAACCAGCAGAAUCUGCCGAUUGUGGAACCUCUUCGAGUGCUCUCAAAGGACGAUGACGAUAUUAUUGCGGAGGCUUUGUUCCCCUACGAUGCACAUGAGAUGAAUGGACUGACUAUUGCUGCGGUGACUUCUACGGAUGGGCCAUUCCCCAAUGCGUACAGUGUAGCCAAGGAUACUCUCGCCGGACCUGGCCUUAUCAUCAUCAACUGA